AUGUCUUCCUCCGCCCCCGCGGCGCCGUCGCUGACGCGCGGCCUGCGCGUGCAGCGCGACCUGCUGCUCAUGCCGCUCCUCAUCCUCGGCUACGGCAUGCAGUUCUGGGACAAGGCCGUGCUCGGCUCGGCGGCGCUCUUCCAGAUCAUCCCGGACCUCGGCCUGCAGGGCAAGCGCUUCAGUACCGCCAGCAGCAUCUUCUACCUCGGCUACCUCGCCGGCGCGCCGCCCAUGGCCUUUCUCGCCGGGCGCAUGCGCCUCAACGUCUUUCUCGGCGCCAGCAUCGCCGCGUGGGGCGCCGUGCUGAUGCUCACGCCCGCCGUGCACAACUGGCAGGGCAUGUAUGCGCAGCGCUUCUUCCUCGGCUUCAUCGAGGCCAGCGUGUCGCCCGGCUUUGUGGCCGUGACGCGCAAGUGGUACACGCGCGAGGAGCAGACGGUGCGGCUGGGCGUGUGGUACUCGGCGACGGGCCUCUUCUCCAUCGUGUCCGGCCUGACGAACUUCGGGCUGGGGCAGACCAACACGUCGCUGCGGCCGUGGAUGAUCCUCUUCCUCGUGCCGGGCGCCUUCACCAUCGUGCUCGGCCUGCUCUUCCUCGUGCUGCUGCCGCCUUCGCCCAGCGAGGCGCCCGUGCUGCGCCUGCGCGGCUACAACGUCUUCACCGACGAGCGCCGCAACGCCCUCGUCCACGCCGUGCGCACCAACCUCACCGGCGAGGGCAAGGCGAGCCUCUCGGCACACGAGGUACGCAAGGCGCUGCUCGACCCCAAGAUGUGGCUCUUCUUCCUCAUCGCCACCGCCAUCUACGUUUGCAAUGGUGCGGUCACAGUAUUCGGCCCACAAAUAGUCAAGCUCGUGUGGGGAGCGACUUCGGCUCGUGCACUGGCGCUGCAGGCUCCGGGCGGCGCCAUGACGGCCGUGGCGAUCUACAUCUGCAUCGUGAUCGCUCGUCGGGUGCGCAACACCCGCAUUCUGCUCCUCGUGCUGUCCUGCCUGCCGGUCAUUGCCGGCGCGGCCAUGAUCUGGCGCGGCAACUGGCAGACGCGUACGCCGUACGUCGGCUACCUUCUGCUGCCCAUCUUCGGCGCGCCGUUCGUCAUGCUCCUCGCCGUGGCGUCGGCCAAUGUCGUCGGCCCGACGCAGCAGGCCAUCGCUACCGCCGUCAUCUUCGUCGGCUACUGCUGCGGCAACUUUGCCUCGGGCUACAUUCUCAUUCCCGCCGAGGCGCCCGCGCACUACCCGACGACGUGGAAGAUCGUCAUCGGCGUCAUGUGCGCCACGAUUGGCCUUGCGCUGCUGCUGCUCGCCGUGCUGGUGCGCGAGAACAAGGUGUACGCGGCGGAGCAGCAGGCUGCGGGCCCCGUCAAGGGCGCUGCGCACGACGACGCUGCCUCGGCGACGGAGGGCUACGAGACGCGCGAGAAGAACGACGCCGACACCGACUCGCAAUUGAGCGCCGCCGCAUGGGAGGAGAAGCACCGCCUCUCGUUCCGCAACCAGUACUAG